GCGCGCGUUACAAAAUCGCGAAUAAUGUUUUGUUUUUCUCAUAGACAACUUGAUUUAUGAAUACUUAUAUAUUUAAAAGCAUGUGAUUUAUAAUCUUUAUGGUGAAAAAAUUUUGUUUUUCUGUGAUGACGAAAUAAGUUUUGUUUGCUGUAGCGGUCCGGCUCUUAUUCCAGAACAAUGGAUGGUACAGCUGCAGGAAAUGCUCUGAACUAUCUUAACCGCCAUAAAGGAUUCAAACAUGGAAAAAGCAAUAGGCUGGAACCUAAUUUGGAUAGAAUUACCUUUGAGAGUGAAAAGUUUAAAGGGACACAGAGUGAAACGUCGUCUAGAAGAAAUAGUGAUGAUGGCGGAAGAGCGAGACAGGAGGGUUUUAGACAAGAUGGAACAAGUUCCGAGCCACCAACCGCUUACAUCACGACUCAGAAUGUGUGGAAUGACCUGGGCAGCUCAACGUCCACAACUAGAACUGAACUCAGUUUAUCUGACACUGUUGACGAAGAGGUCCACAGACGUCGGAGUCAAGACCUUACUCUCCCAGGUACACCACUGCAUCCUCGAACACCGUGGAAGUCAGCCGACAGCUUAGCGUGCGAUACUGCUUUUGGAACACUGGCUAAUAUUAUAGAAAGUCCAGCUAAUAAGAGCGUGCCCUAUAUUGAGAGAUGCGAUAAAAAGAUGUCUCUAAGAGAAGAACUUUCAAGGGACAGUCCAGAAAGGCCAAAACGCGGAUGGAGGUUAGUUAGAAACGUGACAUCAGCAGCUAGUGCUUUCAUACCGAAGUUCAAGGAAUCUGCUUUGCCCGGGACACCACUGCCUAACCAGCACAACACAGACCAUGAAAAUAGCAAGCCAUCGCUUCCGAGUUAUCCAAACGAAAAAGAGAAUGUUGGCGAGACCAGUCUUGAUGGACUUGAUCCGGAUUCGCUGAUGUUCAGAGAUGGUAGGAGAAGAAUAGACAUGGUUUUGGCAUAUGAGGAAGAAGACUACGGCGUGAUGACGGAAGCCGAGGCCCGAAAACGAGAGCACAGGAGGACAUUUCAGGAAAACCUAAUAAAAGAAGGCCUGGAAUUGGAACUGGAAAACAAAUCCCUGUCUUUCGAUGGUAAGACCUGGUUUCUCAAGGUCCACAUUCCUUGGAAGACUGAGAUGAGACUGGCUGAAGUUAUUGGAAUGAAAUUACCUACUAAGCGGUUCAUUACGAUUUCUGUUAGAGCUUGGAGUGACGAAAAACUAGCGGAGAAAGACAAAAAGUUCUAUUCAAAAUGGCGUAAAAAAUGGAAACAGCUUUACGAAUACGACCAUAGUAGAAUAGAACCUGAGCCCUCGUUCAUCACAUCCACUGAACGGCCGGGAGUUAGGAGGGACGAACAAUUUUUGGUUAAAGACAGACACACACAAUUCUCACCGGCGCAAAGAAGCCUGCUUGUUAUGCAAAUAUUACUUCGAGCGCGAUAUGACAAUAAUGAAACCAAGAUGGGUAUACGACGGCUCUUAAACGAUGGGACGUAUCUGGCAUGUUUCCCUCUACACGAAGGCAGAUACAAUACGGAUAACCCGGAUAAAACACAGACAGAUAGACGGCUCCUUUACCUGGAGUGGGCUCGUCCCGCCAAAUGGUAUAAAAAGCAGCCAUUGUGGUUAGUAAGGAGAUACUUCGGGGAGAAGAUAGCGUUAUACUUCUCCUGGCUCGGAUUUUAUACCAAGAUGUUAUAUGCGCCUGCGAUUGUUGGGACACUGUGUUUUCUAUACGGCCUGGCUAGUAUACAUUCGGGGGAUAACAUACCUAGUAAAGAAAUCUGCGAUCUGUCAGGCCCUGGUAACAUUACACUAUGUCCGCUCUGUGAUAAAGCGUGUCAGUACCAGAGUUUAUCCGAUUCGUGUCUCUUCGCCCAACUAAGCUACCUCUUCGACAACCCCGCGACUGUGUUCUUUGCUAUAUUUAUGUCGUUUUGGGCAACAACAUUCUUGGAGUUAUGGAAAAGGAAACAGUCUGUUCUUCGGUGGGAGUGGGACUUGGGAGGUGUUGAUCAAGAUGAAGACAUCCGCCCAGAGUUCGAAACCUCGGUAAAAACAUUUCGCACAAACCCGGUCACGCGUGAGAAAGAGCCCUUUCUAGCACCGUGGCAAAAGACCAUGCGUUACGUCGCAACUAGUUCUGCUGUGCUGUUUAUGAUAACGGUAGUAAUGGGUGCAGUGUUAGGCACAAUAAUCUACAGGAUAUCUAUGGUGUCUGUUAUCUAUGGUGGUAGCGGGUUCUUUCUCAAGAAACACGCGAAAAUCUUCACCGCCAUGACUGCAGCGUUGAUCAACUUGUCAAUUAUUAUGAUUUUGACAAGGAUUUACGCGAAAAUAGCAGUAUAUCUUACUAAUAUUGAGAAUCCGCGGACACACACGGAGUAUGAGGAUUCUUAUACGUUCAAAAUCUUCUUUUUUGAAUUCAUCAAUUUUUAUUCAUCCCUCAUAUAUAUCGCAUUUUUUAAGGGCCGUUUCUACGACUACCCUGGCGAUGAUCAAGCCAGAAAAUCUGAGUUUUUCAAAUUAAAAGGUGACAUUUGUGACCCUGCUGGCUGUCUCUCUGAAUUAUGUAUACAAUUAGCAAUAAUAAUGAUUGGAAAGCAAUGUUUUAAUAAUUUCGUGGAGUUGGGUUAUCCCAAACUCCAGAACUGGUGGCGGCAGAGGUCUCACAGAGCGGUGACCCGGGACCCCAGUAAGCCCCACAUGGCCUGGGAACAGGACUACCACUUACAGGACCCUGGUAGACUUGCGCUCUUUGACGAGUACUUAGAAAUGAUACUUCAAUAUGGCUUCGUAACAUUGUUCGUAGCUGCGUUUCCCCUGGCACCUUUAUUCGCGUUACUGAAUAAUAUAGCUGAAAUUCGUUUGGACGCGUAUAAGAUGGUCACACAGGCGAGACGCCCUCUAGCGGAGAGGGUGGAAGAUAUUGGUGCUUGGUAUGGAAUUUUAAAAGGGAUUACAUACGCAGCAGUUGUUUCCAAUGCAUUUGUUAUAGCUUACACAAGUGACUUUAUACCUAGGAUGGUAUAUAAGUAUGUAUACUCGCCAGAUAAUACCCUGUCUGGCUAUAUAGACCAUUCAUUGUCAUUAUUCAAUACAUCAGACUAUCGCGAAGAUUGGGGUGCGGAUGAGACUGAAAUUGAUCCGCCCACGUGUGCAUAUCGGGGAUAUCGUAACCCCCCCAGUCAUAAGGAUCCUUAUGGUCUAUCCCCCCACUAUUGGCAUGUAUUCGCCGCUAGACUUGCAUUUGUUGUUGUUUUUGAGCACGUCGUAUUUGGUCUAACGGGUUUGAUGCAGCUGUUUAUACCAGAUAUACCCACAGAACUGAAGACGCAGAUACAAAGGGAAACUUUAUUGGCCAAGGAGGCUAAAUAUGAACAUGGGAGACGAAGGCUUAGUACUGAAUAUCGGCAGCUUAUCAAUCAGAAAGGAGAAAAUUCUGAACGCCAAGGUCCGUGGAUGAGACGCACUUCCCGCGCUUCAGACGGCCUUGACGCACACGUUGCGGUCUCACAACGCCCGUCUUCACCACAGAUAACAGACUGAUGUUGACAUUUGAUAGAAUGAUAUUUGACAACUGAUGUAUAAUAUUAGUCACUUCUUUGAGAUAAACACGUAAUUUCAUAACAUCAUUCAACAAUUAUUAUAUAUGUUGUCUGUGUAUAGUCAUAAAUUAUUGUAAGUUAAUUUAUUAAAAUGACCGUGAAUAUGUAAAAUAAGUAUUAAAUCGGGUCCAAUACCUAAUAAUUAUGUAGCAUAUUUAGAAAAUAAUUGUUUUUAUUUUUGGGUUAAAAUGGAUCAGUGCUAUGUAUGUAUCUACUGUAGGUUCAAAUAUUAUAAUUAAAAUUAUUAUAUAAAAGAUACGGAUUACUAGAUUUUGUAAAGCAUUUAUUUCUGCACAAAAAGAAUCUCAAUAAACAGUUGUUUCAAAGAGAGAACAAUGCCAGGAAGAAAACAAAUUUACAGUCUUUUCUGUAUAUAGUUGUUGUAGGCAGUCGUAUAUGUAAGAACAUGACCAUAUUACAAAUUUUCAAAGCGUCAGUCUCGCUUGUCGUUUUUUUAGCUUCGGGCGCUUAACAAAAUCACUUUACGACAGCCGUGUUCCACUACCGCCAAAGGAAUUUGUAUAAAAAAACAUUAGCUCGCUUUUUGUCACGUGAUCUUUUUCAUAAAAACUCGUUUGGUGUUAGUUGGUCACGCUUCAAGCAAAGGGAUUUCGUCUCAAGCCUCUGGCCCAUUUGAAACAAUAAUAUGUAAAUCCUAAGACUUACGAAUUUUACACAUUUAAAUAUAAACUUUUUUACUAAUUAUUAAAUUAAUAAAGUGUGUAGUAGUGUGUGUGAUGUCAAAUUGGGGUAACUAUUUGGUAAACUCCCAAUAUUGAAGAUAUUUAAAUUAAAUAGGUUCACAAUGUGUUGACUACCUUGAUGUAUGAAAAAAAAACAGAUUAAACAUAUUUUAGAAUCGAUUUAUUUUUUUGUUAUACAUCUCCUUCAUAAAUAUUAAUAGACGCUAUUAAUAAUUCCAAGUGACGUAAUUAGAUAUCCUUCAAAUUAUUUUGAGUUGUCAAAUGUUCUUAAGAUAUACGUAUGUCUUUCUUUUUUUGACAGCAAACAACAAUAAACAAGGGCAAACUGUCAAAACAAUUGCGUCACAUAUUAAUUGUCUUACAGCUCCUCUCGUGGCUAUGAACAAAACUAAAUUUUUAUACAAAUAUUUUAAAGAAUUUGGUAAGAAAAUGUUAAUCAAAUACCAUAGAAUUUUUAAUAUAGAUGUCAAUUGGUUCUAUAUUAAAGAGUGAUGUAAUUUAAUAUGUUUGUACUUUGUAAUAAAUGUAUGUGAACGUCCAAAUAUAUGUGA